AAUACUUUCCUGCACUGUACUCACCUGUCAUUGGCCUUUGGUUGACCAUGGGUCACUGAAACUCCGGCAAGGGAAGGCGUGGAUGAGGGGGAACUAAGCACGUGACUUCAACAUACAUAAAAAUCACCUUAAAAGAAACACCACCGAUUGUUUCCAGGGCAUGGGCGUCUGAGAGGGCAGGGAGACACCGGGGAAGGGUGGUGGCUCCUCUCCGUGGCAGGAACUGGUCUGGCCUCCUGGCUCAGCCUGGGCAUGAGGCAGUCCUGGCCUCCCCCAGUGGGUUCGACAGUGACCUUGAGGUGUUCAUUUCAGUGUGGUUCCUUUCGGUCUCCCAUGGGAAGAGGGUGCUGAGUAGAAGGAAGUCAUUAGGAAGCCGGGGUGACGCUCAGAGUCUGUGGGAGCAGUCGGGCUGAUGAGCUGGGCGGAGCAGACCGCCUCCCUGUUCUCUGAGCGGGAGGAGGGCCGGGUCUGGACUGGGUUUGCAGACGCUCAGGUGGGGCUCAGAGCUUCCCCUGUGGGGCAGAGGCACCGCCUUGGCAGAUGAAGGCCCCUUGCAGGGUCUGGUGCCUGAAUCACAGACAGGACACGGAAAGUGGGGCAGGUGAGAGAAGGAGGGUGAGUGAUGUGAUUUUUCCCCUCCUGUUUUCCAGGAAAACCAAAAUGCUACGCACCUCUACCUAUGAUCCUUUUCUUAACAAUGCUUGUCUUGGUCUUGUUUGGUUACCGGGUCCUAAGCCCCAGAAGCCUAAUGCCAGGAAGGCUGGAACUGGAGGCCCGCAUGGCUGUUAGGGAACCGGGCGGUCUGCAGAGUGUCGCAUUGCCAAGGAUGGUCUACCCCCAGCCACAGACGCUGACACCAUGUAGGAAAGACGUCCUUGUGGUGACCCCUUGGUUGGCUCCCAUCGUCUGGGAGGGCACCUUCAACACCGACAUCCUCAAUGAGCAGUUCAGGCUCCGGAACACCACCAUCGGGUUAACUGUGUUUGCCAUCAAGAAAUACGUGGCCUUCGUGAAGCUGUUCCUGGAGACGGCGGAGAAGCACUUCAUGGUGGGCCACCGGGUCCACUACUACGUCUUCACCGACCAGGCGUCCGCGGUGCCGCACGUGGCGCUGGGGGCCGGCCGGCAGCUGUCGGUGCUGGAGGUGCGCGCCUACGAGCGCUGGCAGGACGUGUCCAUGCGCCGCAUGGAGAUGAUCAGCGACUUCUGCGAGCGGCGCUUCCUCCGCGAGGUGGAUUACCUGGUGUGCGCCGACGUGGACAUGAAGUUCAGCGACCACGUGGGCGUGGAGAUCCUGUCCCCGCUGUUCGGCACCCUGCAUCCCGGCUUCUACGGAAGCAGCCGGGAGGCCUUCACCUACGAGCGCCGGCCCCAGUCCCAGGCCUACAUCCCCAAGGACGAGGGCGAUUUCUACUACCUAGGCGGGUUCUUCGGGGAGUCGGUGCAAGAGGUGCAGCGGCUCACCAGGGCCUGCCACCAGGCCAUGAUGAUCGACCAGGCCAACGGCAUCGAGGCCGUGUGGCACGAUGAGAGCCACCUGAACAAGUACCUGCUGCGCCACAAACCCACCAAGGUGCUGUCCCCCGAGUACCUGUGGGACCAACAGCUGCUGGGCUGGCCCCCCAUCCUGAAGAAGCUGAGGUUUGUGGCGGUGCCCAAGAACCACCAGGCAGUCCGGAACCCAUGAGCAGGUGGGCUCUGGGAGGGCUGCGGCAUCCCCAUCUGCCUCCCACCCUUGGUUUUAGAAGAACGGGUAAAGUCCACUUUUUUUUUC